AUGGCAGAACAAUUGCUGUACAACAAGCUGCACCAGCGCUAUCCGAUUGGCAGGUUGCCGGACUUGAUUAAAGAACUUAAACUUAAAUUCAUUAGCACCGAUAAAUUUAUUCAGGAAUUCGAAUUUAUAUGUAAAAGAAAUCCGUACUAUGCCAAGAAUUUACUAAAAUGGAUGAUAGAUGAACCAGUCGACAAGCAUGUUGAUUUAAUAGUGGGUGAAGAUGGGUCGAAUCUUUCUGAUUGGAUGUAUACCAGAUACAUUGGACUGCUACCGUUAAAGCAACAGGACCCUACACAUACCGAUAUUGUUCGAUACACAUUUGGGGAAGAUUCUGAGAUAGAAAUCGAUGUCAGGGAAACGCGGAAUCUUGUAUGCGCCUCAGGCAGUACGGGGUUUCGAACAUGGGAGGCCGCAUUAUAUCUUUGUCACUACCUGUGUGAGUCUAGGCCAAGAUUUGGAACGAUGUUAGAAUUAGGAGCUGGCACCGGUAUUGUCAGCCUGACGUGGCAUAAGCUUCAAAGUGGCCAAUUCAUGACAUAUGCUACGGAUGGAGAUAAAAAUAUUAUUGGAAAGCAGCUAAAGGAAACAUUUAUCUCUAAUGGAGUGGAUCUUGACAAAGGCAACGUUCAUCUACAAAGGCUACUAUGGAAUGUAGAUAGCAUCCCAAAAAAUGACAUAAUUCUGGCUGCAGAUGUCACGUAUGACCAUACUGCUAUCCCAGACUUGUGUGCAUGUAUCCACAAAUCCUUCUUAAACUGCGGCACCCAAGUUGCACUGGUAGCAGCAACCAUCCGGAACGAAAGGACAAUUUCAAUGUUUGAGGACACGAUCACCAGUCUCGGACUGCAGUUAAGCGUAGUGCGAUCCACAGAGUCUAAUACCAUGAAAACACAAGUAUUUGUCAAACAAUGUACAUUCAAGUCAUUGCUAUCACCAAUUAGAAUAUAUAAAGUAACCGAGUAG